AUGACAGUGACAGACGAUCCCGCCGCAGCGACCACGCGCGACGGCGGCGAGCCCGUUGCCGCAUGUGACGCUGUCCUUCGCCACGUCGUCGACGUCCACUGUCACCCAACCGAUUCCCCAGCGACGCUUUCUCCUGAUUCCAUGCACCGCCUACCCAUCACCAUCUGUCCGAUGGCCUCGCGCAAAUCAGAUCAGCCCCUCGUGCGUGCACUCGCACAGGCGCACCCAGAUAAGGUCAUUCCGGGCUUCGGAUAUCAUCCGUGGUUCUCUCAUCAGAUUGCGACAGAGCCGGUGAUAAGCAAACGACACCACUAUAGUAGUAUCUUCCUCAAGGCUCCCAUCAAAUCUGACCACGAGGACCUCUUCAACGAGUUGCUCGAGUCUCUUCCAGACCCCAUUCUUCUGACCGAUGUCCUCGCCGAGCUCAAACAAAACCUCACGGACUUCCCCAACGCCAUGCUAGGCGAAGUGGGCAUCGACCGUUCAUUCCGAAUUCCCAUCGACUUCGAUGUAUCACCCCGAAAGCUGACUCCCUUCACCGUUCCCCUGGAACAUCAAAUAUCUAUCGUCGAGGCCCAGCUGCAAGUCGCCGUCGAUCUGGGGAGGAACGUCAGUUUCCACAGCGUCAAAGCCCAGAAGGCCACACUAGACCUGAUAGACCGCAUGGUGGAAAAGCAUGGUGAUCGUUGGUACAGAAUCAGCGCCGACAUGCACAGCUGUGGAUUCAGUCCACAAACGUGGACAGACGUGCAGAAAAAACAUGGUAACAUCUUUUUGUCGCUCUCGACGACCAUCAACGAGAAAUCUCCAAAUCAUAGAGAGCUGAUAGCCGUAUGUUCGCCGAACCGCUUACUGGUGGAGUCCGACUUCAACGAUAUUCGUGGUUGCGCCGAACGGACUUGGGAAAUGGUAAAAAUCAUCGCUGACGUUAAAGGGUGGGUUGUUGAAGACGAAUGGGUAGAGGGAGAUGUUCUGGAAGAGGACUGGGGUGUGGUAAGGAGACUGGAAAGGUCGUUUCGGCUGUUCAAGCAAGGCCAGCAUACACUACCUACUAGGAAAAGGAGCGCGGCAACAUCAAAGGGAACAUCAUAA